UUUUUAUUUGGAAAAAAUUAAAAAGUGAUCUUAGAUCACAACAACUGAUCUUAUUUGAGAACAGUUUUUGUGGUGUUCUUGUGUGACGUGUUCCAUUUUAAUUGGGAAGAUUUUUUUGGUCGGUCGAGAGAUUUCUUGUCCCUCCGUUCUUUGAUUAUCCUCCUUUCUCCGGUGGUGCUUGUCCCUCCGCUCUUCGAUUAAUCGCUGUUUCUAAUCACCAUACGGAUUCUGGUUGCAGAAACUUUUGAGUUCUGUAGCUUGUACUGAUACAUGUAUAUAGUGUGAUUUGUGCUUUGAUACAUGUGAUUUGCUGAGUGUUAAAAUUUGCUAGAUUCGUGAUCUAUUAGACGCUGUUUCAAUGCAUAUAGAUUCUGGUUGGUUGAAGUAAUUUUGGGAUUCUAUGCAUAUUAGACGCUUGCAGCUGAUUCAGUGACCCAACACAAUGAUGAAGCAGUAGAGUCUCAUGUUGUUGUUUUCACAACUCCUAAACAAGUUUCUAUAUAUAUAAAAAAACUUUUUGUUGUUGUUCAUCGUUGAUUUUGGAUUUAACCCACAAGUUUCUGGGUUUUGGGAUUGAAUGGUUAUAGUUAGGGUUCAUUGGAUUCUCUUAAUUACUUGAUAAAUUUGCAGAUUUAAUGAAACGAGUUUCACGGUGAAUAGGGUCAAAUACGAAGGAAGCUUACUCUGUGUUGGGAAUUUGUUAAUGUCAUGGAGCCCUCGUAAAUUUUCUGAGAUCACCACUGAUAGAGGAUUAUAAAAGCUUUAUGGAUUUCUAUUUACAUGGAUGCAGCUUGUCUAUCUUCCAGACAGUUCGACCCAUUCCAGAAAACUCAGAAUUGGACGAAGCUGCAGAAGGUGAAGAAAAUAAGUCUGUGAAAUUGCGACUUGACUCUGGCAUCUUCACUAGUGCCGAGAAACAUCUUGAAACAGAUGAAGGGAUAAAAGGAGACAAUAUAACUGUCAAGUCUCAUGUUGUCUCUGAACCCCUGGUUUGAUCAAGAGAACACAAUCAGGGGUUUUCAGUACAUGUUUCGCCUUGCGGAGUUUAAAGGCAGCGAUAAAGGUCUUCUGGUAAAUGGAGAAGUCAAAAUUGUUGCACAAGUAGAUGUUCUUGAAGUUAUUGGUACACUAGAUGUACCACCAGAGAAACCAAAAAGCAUUGAUAUCAAUGGGUUUCAAGUCCCUUCUUCACAGGUAGAAUCUGUGAACAGUCUGUUUGAAAAGUACCCAGGCUUUGCAUCAAAAGUUUGUCUCAAGAACCCACAUCUGAGAAACAAAUACUUGAAUGAUGUACUAUGUCUGAAUGAGAUUCUGUGCAAGUCUCCCGAGGAACUCUCCAAUGGUGAUCUGGCCGGGGCAUAUUCUGCUCUACAGUGUGUGACAAAAGCAGGGUUUAAGUUGGAUUGGUUGGAGAAGAAACUGAAAGAGACUGGUGUGACUAGGCUGCAAGAAAUUGAGCAAGAGUUGAAGGACUUGAAGAUCAAGUGUGCAGACAUGGAUGCUCUGCUUGAUUUCUUACGAUGAAAUUGUUUGAUGACUAGAGAAGUUAAAAGACUUGGGAUCCAGUUGUUUUUUUGGUAUGUUUGUUUGAAUAAUCCUAGUUUUGAAACUGAGUCUUUUUAAACAGAGUUCUCCCUAUAACUAAUUUUUUAGCAAGAGUUCUUAACACU